AUGCUAAACUAGAUAGAGGUCAGUGAGUUCCUCUUUUUGGGUCUCACCAAUAUCCAGCGGAUGCAGCACUUUUUCUUCACCUCCUUUAUGCUGCUCUACUUGGCCACUCUUCUGGGAAACAGUGUCCUUGUGGCCAUGGUGAUAUCUGAGCCCCGGCUCCACACACCAAUGUACUUCUUCCUGGGAAACCUGUCCUGCCUGGAUAUUUUCUACUCCAUAGUCACUGUUCCGAAGAUGUUGACUGGCUUGCUCUUUGGGAACCAGCCCAUCUCUUUUGGUGGGUGCUUGGCCCAGCUGCACUUCUUCCACUUCCUGGGCAGUACAGAGGCUGUGCUCCUGUUCGGGAUGGCCUGUGACCGAUACAUGGUCAUUUGCAACCCUCUGCACUAUGCCCUCCUCAUGAGCUCAUGGACUUGCCUGCUGCUGGCUCUGGCCAGCUGGUCCACUGGGUUUGUACAUGCUAUGGUGCACUCAGUCAUGACCUCUCAGUUGAGUUUCUGUGGCCACAACCAAAUUCAGCACUUCUGUGACAUCAAGCCACUGCUGAAUCUGGCUUGCAGUAGGACCACACUCAACAUGGCACUCCUCAAUGUUGUUACCACAUCUAUUGUUUUAGGGCCCUUCACUUUCAUAGUCCCUUCCUCUAUUAUCUCUUUCCUCUUCUAUAAAGUCCAGUCCCAGAAAGGAAGAUGGAAACUCUUCUCCACCUGUGCCUCCCACCUCACUAUUUUAGCACUGCUUUAUAUUUCAGUGCUCUUCAAUUAUACACACUUUUGAGGAAACUCCACUCAAAAGGAUGUGCAAGUAACUCUUACGUAUAGUGCUGUCACUCCAGCUCUGAACCCCUUGAUCUACACACUUCAGAACCAGGAGGUGAAAACUGCCCUGAAAAAAACCUUACGGAGAAAACUUUCCUGGAGGAAAGUGACUGAAACAAGGAGAAGACUCAGAAUGUGGUUGUUCCACCUCUCAUAUUUACAAGGAGAGAGGUAAAAAGGACACUGCAUUGCCAGAGACUGUAAAACCACUGAUUAUCUCAUGCAGUU